GAGUGGCUGGGGGCGGGGGGAGUGCUGUGCUGGGAGUAGGUGCUCGGCGCGUUUGAGGUGGCGGCGCGGCGCCGCGCGCCCUCUGCCCUUGCUCUAGCCGUUGGGCCGGGCCGUAACGACCGGCGGGGCGGCCCGCCCCGCCCUCAGGGCUGCCGGGGGGCGCGGUGCCGCCGAGCGUGGAAACGGCGGGGGUUGAGCGUGGUGAGGGCCUGCGGUGCCGCCGGGCCUCGCUGCGGGGCGCGGCGGGAGCGAGAGGGGGCAGUAUCAGGGGAGCCGAGGACAGGCAGCUGAGAUGACCCUGCAGGCAAUGGUGAUGGAGGCAGCCAGCCUGCAUCCUGAUAGGAAGGCGGUCUGGUUUGAUGAGUGCGAUGGCAAACCUCCAACUUCCUACACGUACGCGACUGUAGUUAAGCUUGCUGCGGAAUUAACAGCUUUCCUUCAGAAGCACUGCCAUCGUGGAGGAAAAUGUGAAAUAGGUCUUUACUGCUAUCCAGGAAUAAACUUACCGUCUUGGAUCUUAGGAAUCCUUCAAGUUCCAGCUGCCUAUUCUCCUGUUGAUCCAGAUGCACCACCAAUAUUAACCGCCUACUUCAUGAAGAAAUGUAAUCUUCAAUAUAUUCUUGUUGAGAAUGACAAAAUAGAUAAAUUCAAGAUGUCCCAUGAGGGUUGGUUUUACCACAAUUCUUCCACAAUAGAACAAAUUGGUUUAACACUCUUCCAAAUUAGCUGGAGUAAUGCUGAUACAAGUUCCCAACUAGAAAAUGUAAAAAGUAAAGAUGAACCCUUCAAUUCUAUGGGUAACUUGCGGCCUGAUUAUACUGUCUGCCCAGAUCAACUUGAAGUAGAAACAUCGAAAGGGGGAUGCACAGACGUUGGCCAGAAAUACUCUCUAGCAUAUGUCUUGCAUACAUCAGGAACUACAGGGAUCCCCAAAAUAGUCAGAGUACCUCAUAAAUGUAUCGUGCCAAAUAUUCAGCACCUUAAAUCUAUAUUUGAGAUCACAUGGGAUGAUGUGUUGUUCCUGGCUUCUCCUCUAACAUUUGACCCAUCUGUGGUGGAAUUGUUCAUUGCUCUGACAAGCGGAGCCUCUCUUCUUAUAGUACCAAACACCAUUAAAAUGAUGCCUGUGAAGCUGUCUGCUGCUCUAUUUCAUCAACAUCAUGUGACAGUGUUGCAGUCAACACCAACACUUCUCAGAAGGUUUGGAGCUCACAUUAUUAAAUCAACUGUGUUGUCUGCAAAUACUUCACUCCGUGUCUUAGCCCUUGGUGGUGAAGCAUUUCCUGUACUGAGAGUCUUGAAAAGUUGGAAGCACAAGGAGAACAAAACAAGUAUUUUUAAUCUGUAUGGUAUUACUGAGGUGUCAAGCUGGGCCACUUGCUACAAGAUUCCUGAAGAGGUUUUUAGUGCUGAUUUUCGAAGUGAUUUCCCUGUACCUUUGGGUUCACCGCUCCUUGGAACAGCAGUUGAGGUCAGAGAUACCAGUGGUUCUGCAGUUCUAGAAGGCGAGGGACAAAUAUUUAUAGGUGGUGAAGAACGAAUCUGUUUUCUUGAUGAUGAAAUAACUGUACCCUCGGGCACAAUGAGAGAAACAGGGGAUUUUGUAAGAGUGCAGAAUGCAAAGGUGGUGUUCCUGGGUCGGAAAGACAAUCAAAUUAAACGUCAUGGCAAACGUUUUAAUAUUGAAUAUUUGCAGCAGACUGCUGAAGAUCUUUGUCAAGUAGAAGCUUGUGCAGUGACCUGGUAUCAGCAGGAAAAACUUAUGUUGUUUGUUGUACCCAAAGACAAUUUUGAAGAGAGAGAAACUCUUAAAGAACUUCAGAAACAUCUACCAACUCACGCAAUGCCUGACGAGCUUGUACUGAUUAAAGCUUUGCCUUUAACAUCACAUGGCAAAGUUGAUAUAUCUGAGCUGAACAAGAUUUACCACAACCGUCUAAACUCCAGAAGACGUGACAGUAAGCUGAGUGGUGCAGAGGAAUUGUGGGAAAGAUUGCAGUAUUUAUGGAAGUCUGUUCUGGGUCUCCUAGAUGAUUCCACAGAAAUUUCUAAAGAUUCGGUAUUUCUCUACUGUGGUGGAAACUCCUUAAAGGCUGUAAGAUUUUAUGAAGAAAUUGAGAUUCUAGUAGGUAGAGCUGUCCCUGGACUCCUUGAAGUUAUUCUCAGCUGCUCAAUUGAAGAGGUUUAUACGCAUAUUCUUAAGAUGCUGUUUCCAAGUGAAGACCAAUUAAUGAACUGUGACAAUGUUGUGAAAAGAAAAUUAAGUGAAGACAGUGGAGAGGAAUUCUGUGGAAAGUACGUUAAAAUGAAAUCUGAAAGAUACUUUGAAGUUGCUUCUGGGUUAACUUCAUUUAUUGCACUGAGCCGAGGAAAUCGGUUGUUUUCCAUGAAUUCCUCCAAGUCCUUUAUGCAACCCAAUGAUAUGGUACAGGUAGGAAUGGAACUGAGACAACAACCAUCCUUUCUGCAUUUAUUGUCACCAAGUACAAGGAAAAGCCAAGAGCAAGAGUAUGAAGUGGAGAAGAGCAGAAGUUUACCAGUUAACAACAAGGCAAAUAAAAUAGACACUUUUUCUAUACAGCCAAGCUAUGCAGCAUGUAGUCCUGGAACAAUGGCUAAGUUGGCAUUAUGCGUAAGAUGGAAGUCAAAUACAAGAAGAUGUGUUGAUGCAUCACCACUGGUUAUAGUAUCAUUUACAGAUGAAGUAUCUGCGUCUGUAUAUGUUGGCUCUCACUCUCAUACAAUGCAGGCAAUUGAUCUAGAUUUGGGAGAAAUAAAGUGGGAGAGGAGCCUUGGAGAUCGUAUUGAAUCUUCUGCCUGUGUAUCUAAGUGUGGGAAUUUCAUUGUUGUUGGCUGUUAUGACGGCUUAGUUUAUGUGCUCCAAAGCAGCGAUGGCAAAAUACAUUGGACUUUUGUCACAGAGGACGCUGUGAAAAGCUCUGCAGUUGUAGAUCCUUCCACUGGACUGGUCUAUGUGGGAUCGCAUGACCAACAUGUGUAUGCUUUGGAUAUUUAUAAAAAGGCAUGUAUAUGGAAGAUCCAUUGCGAAGGUGGAGCUGUGUUUUCUUCUCCUUGUCUAAGUUUUUUUCCACAUCAUCUUUAUGUUGCUACAUUAGGAGGACUGCUGUUGGCUGUAAACCCUGCAACAGGAAAUAAGACUUGGAAAAGCUCCCUGGGAAAACCACUCUUCUCCUCUCCUCACUGCAAUGAGAAGUAUGUUUAUGUUGGAUGUGUGGAUGGAAACUUAUAUUGUUUCACUCAUUCUGGAGAAAAGGUUUGGCAGUUUUCCACUAAUGGACCAGUGUUUUCAUCUCCAUGCAUCUCAAGUUUAACUAAGCAAGAAAUAUAUUUUGGCUCCCAUGACUGCUUUAUCUACUGCUGUAAUAUGGAAGGUAAUUUACUGUGGAAAUUUGAAGCCACUUCAAGUGUAUAUGGAACACCAUUUGUUUUCCAAAGUGAUGACUUAAAGAACAAAAUUCUUUUGGCAGCAGUAUCUACCGAUGGCAAAGUGUGGGUCCUGAAUGCCAAGAGUGGAACAGCAGAAGGAAUAGAUAAGCUCCCAGGAGAGAUUUUUUCUUCCCCUGUAGUAUGGGGAACAAAACUUGUUGUUGGCUGUAGAAAUGAUUAUGUUUAUUGCCUAGAUUUGUGUACAACAGGGAAAAAAGAACAGCUAAAAUGUUAGGCUGCUUCCUUUUUACUGUUUACAUUUGUAAAUUAAGAACUCGCAGGUUCUGUCUACCUCUCUGCCUAUUUUACUGUCAACAAUAGAUGCUCUUUGCAGGCUUCUCAUUUUUGUACCAAGCAAUAUCCAGUAGGAAAAGUGAUGUUUACUGACUUGCUGUACUGACUGAAGGAGGAUGGCUGCUCAGCACCCCGCCAGGGGUUUCACUGUUCCUCCCUGAUUUUUCAGCUUAGAUUCAUAAAAGUACUAGUGUUUCAGAUGGUUUGGAUUUCAAUGUUAUACUUUACUUUGAUCUGUGUAGCAGGAAAAUGGAAGCCAGUAAGUUGGCUUCCAACACUUCCAUAAUUGUGAGAAGCUGUGGCAAGGUGCCAUCCUCUGCAAUUUGGAAUAACGUGCUUGGCUCCUUGAGGGAGGAAUUUAUUCCUUUCUAUGACUCCAGCCUAGCCCGCACCCGGAGGUGCCUUUGCUCAAGUGCCUAGCUCUGCUAUGCAGUGUACCUGUCAGUGGUCACCUAGUCUGAGUGUGGAUUUCUAUUCUGUAGCAAGGUAAGAGUCUUUUGUUGAAUCUAACUUUUACAUUGAUUUCUGAGGACAUAGCCUGCAUUGUGUAUUCUUGGGAGUGAUGUUUAUAGUUUGUAUAAACAAAAAAGAUUCAUCUUUUGUGAGCCUUGGCUCUCCUUGGCUCCAAUUCAACCAAGCAUACACCUAAAUUCAGUUGAAGUCAGUAAGAGCUACUUCUUGUAUUUUAAAGUUGAACAGAUACUUGUAUGUGAAUGCUUACUAGAUUUCAAUGACAGUUACAGAAUGAUUUCCAAGAUGAAGUGUAUAGUGCUCAAAUCAAACCUUGUUCAAGUCAUUUGUGAAGAACUUUGAAUUAAUGAAUUCCAGAAUGUCUUUACAGAGAACUUUAGUAAAGCGUUGUAUAAAUUUCUUGUUGUCUUUAAUACCGCAAUAAGAAUUACCAUCAGUCUUACCUAAUGAUAAAUCAAAAGUACACUUAACUCCAAGCAUCUUCUUGAUUACAAAAGACUUUUGUAAAGAUCUGUGGUAGAAAAUAUUUUAUCUCUUCCUUUGAUGGGCCAUCUGCUUUGAGUUCUAAAAUCUUGAAUAAUAAAGUAGAAAUUGCACUGGC